UACUGUCUCGUGGAGAAACGGGAUUUGAAAACUUUCGUGAGGAGGGAAGUCGAAGUCUGUUAAAAAUUAAGAGAGUAGUCGAAAUUUAUACUCCUGAAAUUCGUUGAGAUUCGUCGGGCAGUUUGAAGUGCUUUAUUGUGUGCAAUUCGUCGUAUUACAGUUAUUUUAUGUCGCAUAAGUAAAAGGAAAUAUUCCUCGCGCAAAUCCUGGUGCUCGGCGUGGUGGACAGAAGUCUUCGUGUAUGAAUUGGAUUAUGCUCAUAAACAGAAUUGAGUUGUGAGCGGGCGGAACGUUUACUACGGAGCGUGCAACGUGAGCCAUCGCCAGCACAUCUAACAUUGGUGGUCAUUUUGGACAUAUUCGUGCCGUGAACCAAAACUCUGUGUCGCGAACCACUACUGGCAUGUACUGAUGCACGUCCUUCAACAGCUGCGACGAAAAUUCGAGCUCGCGCAACUUCCAAUCGACGCGCUUUGAAGGAAAAGUCGAUGUUGAAAGGACGGGAGGAAGGUCGAGCGCCUGCAAUCGAGAAAUGGAGAGCUCGACGCUGGGCCCCAGCCGACCGACAUUGCCCUUGGUGUGUAGAGAAAAUUUCCACAUCGAGGUCGCGGGCACCUUCCAAAAGGUACGGCUACCCAACACGUUGAGGCAGCUCUGCGAGCCAGCGCGCUUCGUAUCGCGAGGCGAGGCCACAGAAGGAAAGGGCCUGCUGCCAACGUUGGAUUCUUACGGUAGCUACGCCAAGAAGGCGGGCAGCGCCUGCAAAGUCCAUUCACCCCUACCGUGUUACGGAAGCGCGAGUCCCUAUGUGAAGGAAAGCAGGAGUAGAACUUUGCUGUUUCGGAAUGGACUUAAAGCGGGUGUGCGGACGCACUGACUUGCUGGAGACGAGCGUAUUGUGGGAGGCGCCGUCCUUCACCUCCCAAGACUCUGCCCCCGGAGAGGUUUUCCCGGCGGCGCUGCCCUCCGCGAGCGGCCACUCCGCCGCUGCCCAGCUGGGCGGCGCCCGGAGCGCGUCUGCGCCGGCGCUGCAGUGCAUGGAGCGCCAGAGUCCGCGGCCCGGCGUCACGCUGCCCGUGGCGGGCGGGCGCCAGCUGCGGCUGACGAGCUCGACCCCGAGCCUCAGCAGCUUGCCGCUCGGCCCGGGCGCGAUGGCGGGGGCCGAGGCGGGGACAGAGGCGGGGGUCGAGGCUGGAACAGUGGCAGGCAGCUCACCAUCGCAGCCAAGCGCGCCGGCAGGCGCUGCCAGUCCAGUGGCCGCUCCGCCCGAGACGGCACCGCGCACCCCGCCCCCGCCACCUCCCCCGCCGGCUCCGGCGCCCCAGGCAUCUCCCCGCGCCCAGGGAGAGCCGGCACAGCAGGGAAGUGGAGCAAGACAGUGCAACCACUAA